AUGAGUUCCCCAAAUGGCCGGAAGAAAAUUCAAGAGAUACAAAACCGUAGACACGCCGCCAAGUCCGCAGCGAAAAACAUCGAUACCACACCGUACGCGCGAACGAAAGCCAACCAUCAACUGUUGGAAGAUGGGUUGGGAAAUGAUAUCGAGGAAGAUGAUGAUGAGGAAACACUGCAAUUGAAACUGGCCGCGAUUGAGGCACGAUUGAAACUGAAGAAAUUACAGCAGAGCAAGUCCAAACCAACACCAUCAGAUUUUGAGGCGAGAUCCAACGGCGGUAUACCUGCUACUGCUGCCUCACGGCCAUCCAGCCGGUUCCUUAUGGAGCGCAAACGGAAAGCAGCAGACAUAUCGCAACAGGAGAACGUACAGGUACCAGUGUCGCCCACAAAAAGAGUGGUACCCACUACUGAACCAGUCUCACCGCGACGCAUUGUACUUGGAAUCGACAAGGGGAAGAAAGGAAACGAGAUAUCUUUAAGGCGCCCCCCAACUUCUAGGCCAGCGGGAAGACCAAUACGCUCUGCGGGAGGAUACAGGGAUGAUGUAUUAUUGCGAAGGGGACACUCUUCAGCCGGUCGAAGCACAGGCAUUGCAUUUGAUGAAGCAGUACAAAGACCCAAGAGCUUUAGUGAAAGGAUUGCUGAAAGCAGAUCAAUUGAUAAAAGCAGGACAGAGAGGGCACAACUUCUGCACCGUAAAAGAACUUCUGCGUUUGCGGUGAACAAGGAGGAGAUGGAGCGAUUUCAGCUUGCGGCAAAGGAGGAAUCAGGCAAGGCAUCCGGCUUUGAGUCUCCAAGAAGAGGAUACCACGUUGAGGAGUUUACUAGAGCCGAUGUCAUUCAAUCUUUUCAUCGGCCAGGAUCCGCACUACUGAAAACCAAAAACAUACCGAGCAUUCACGCAAGUCCCUCUGCUAGAGUACCAACCACUGUACAUGGAGCUACUAACCAAACUCUGGAAUUUCCAAGCCAGGCAGACGGGGGUGCUGCACAAUCAUCACUGAAGAACAAUGACAGUACCGGGAAAGACGAGCAAGAUAUGAACCCUACUAAAUCCUCUGAUCCGUCCAAGUUUGAGCCGUUUUCUGGCCUUCGCCUUUCAAGUCGCAUUUUGCCUCACUCAUUCCUGACCCGAACCCUUGAUUCCAAAAGUCCAAUGCGAAUUCCCGACCUUCUAAAAACUAUUAAAGGGCCUCAAUUUGAUCCCCCAGACACGGAUGGCGAUUACGUUGUAUUUGGCAUAAUCGCCUCGAAGUCAACCCCGAAGGAUCACCAAGAUGUAAAAAAGGGCACAUGCAAAAAAGCAGAUCCUGACGAUGACGGUUCAAAAAAUACCUCCAAGUACAUGGUUCUCACCCUGACGGACCUAAAAUGGUCCAUAGAUCUUUUCCUCUUCUCCACCGCAUUCCCCAGAUACUACAAACUCGUCCCAGGCACCGUCAUUGCCAUCCUAAACCCGUCGAUAAUGCCACCUCCGCCUAACAAAGUCGACACCAACCGCUUCAGCCUUACCCUAAACUCAUCUGACGACACUAUUCUCGAAAUCGGCAAAUCCCAAGACCUCGGAUUCUGCAAAUCCGUAAAAAAAGACGGAAAAGUAUGCGAAUCGUGGGUCGACGGCCGAAAAACCGAAUUCUGUGAGUUCCACAUCGACCUCCAAUUACGCAAGACAACAGCAAAGCGGAUGGAAGUGAACAGCGGACCCGGCCUCUUUGGACCGGGUGGGCGUUCGGGCUCCCGCAGUGGCAUGUUUAGCAGGAGCCGCGCGCUUCAAGAUCGGGACCGGUAUGGACUGAAGUCUGAAGGCGCGCAGACAGACCGGUCUACAGGAUCUACGUAUUACGUUGCCCCUCCGGUUCCAGGAAGUUUCUCAGCGGCUCGCCUACUCGAUGCAGAUGAUCCGUUCAUUGCUGCUGCGAAUGACUUUCAGCGCGGUGGUAAUAGUAAGCUGGAUCGCAUGCAGAAGCGCCUCGCGGACCAAGAGCGGGAACGCAACAUUGCAAAAUCGCUUGGGCAAUCUAGUUCCGUUGGGGCUGAAUAUCUUCGCCAUAGACAGGCGAAUAGCGCUUCUGGGCGUGAUGGUGCUGCUGUUGUUGUUACCGGUAGUAAUGGGCUCAAUUCUGCUUCCGUAAAUGGUAGAAGAGGGGACAAAUACUCUGCGCGUGCGGAACAAUCAGCACGGAUAGCGCUGGAAUUGGACAGCACGACGAAAAAUGCCAGUAAUGUCAAGUUGGGUCCGAUGAAGAAGUGUGCUGUUAAUAAGAAGACGAGGUUUGUUACUGCCAAGGGCAUCAGGGAUGCUGGGAGGGAUAGCAUGGGUGGUCCUGUGGAGGUUGGUAAUAACAAUGUCGAUUAUGAUGAUGACUUAGAUAUUACGUAG